UUUUUUUUCCCUUUGGCAAAGAAUAUCAAUCCUUUGUCCUGCUCCCUAUAGCUAGUUUCUCUUUCUUUGUGCUAUCACAACGUCAAGAAAGGGUUUUUUUCAAAAUACAAUGGAUACCAACAACUGGAGGCCUAAUACUCCUAACGGAGAGCCCACCAUGGACACGGCUGAUUGGAGAACACAAUUACAGCUUGGUUCACAACAAAGAAUUGUCAACAAGGUGUGAAUGAAUCAGCAGUGGUAGUGACGUGGAAACUGACUAGGAUGACACCCGUCUCAUGUGCAGGAGGCUACAUGUUACCGGCCAUCUCGUUUCGUUGGGUAAUGAUAUCUUGCAGUGCACUUUCCAGCAAAAGCUUUUAAAAGACGAACUUUUCAGCCAAGCCGGUGGAGUUGGGCAACAAUAACGGGAUUCUAAAGGUUCAAGGUGAUCGCACAAUUACCAAAAAUAUGAUGGAGAUAGGUUGUGCAUUGUUGAGGAAAGGCAGCUAAGAUGUGAAAUACAUAUGACUUAAAGAUUACAACUUAAAAAUCACACUCAUACAUCAAUCAUUAUAACAUGAUAAUAAUGACAAUAAAAGUGACCUCUUUCAUCCCUAGUGUAGAUUUUUACCCUGUAACAGACAAUCCUCAUAUUGAAAAUGAAGAGUACAGCAACUCCAAUUUUGGGGUUCUUCCAAAGACAAAAGGGAUAAACUUAAGAGUGGUGAUGGGAGAAGGAAAGAUGAUCACUUGGAAGCUUACGAAUGGAAUGCUUGAUCCCAUUUUGAUGCGAACCUUGCAACCUUAACCGUAUGAUGCUCAAGAAGAACUAUUCGAAAGCUGAAACUGCAACAUGUUAUUCCUUGACCAUAAUAUCCUGUGCAUCUGGAAAUACUCUACAAUGCUGGGUGAUGUUCUGCAAUGUUGGGAAAUAUUCUGCAGUGCGAUAAAGUGUUCUACAGAGCUGGGAAAUGUUCUACGGUGCUGAAAAAGACUUUCUAGAGCUAAAAAAUAUUUUGCAGAGCUAAAGAAUACUCUGCAGGACCGGAGGCUUCGGAAACCCAAGAGGAAUGGUGGUUCACGAACGAUUCUUGCGUGCAGAGUAGUGGGUUGAAGCUGGAAUCUAUUUUUCUUUUAAAAUGAGAGUUUUGGUAUGUGAGUCUGUUGUGGUGUUGCAUGCAUUUUUUUUCUCUGUAUAUCUCCCUUUGAAAAUGAAGAGCAAAUAAUUUAUAUAUACGUAGUGGUAUUGCUGUAAUUUCUAAUUGGUAGCUUAGAGGUGUGCAGAAAGGUUGAGGUGAGCUAUCGAAUUUUUGGUGGUUCCAGGCACUACUAGUAAGUCUGUGAUAAUGGCAUUAUGAAUUGCCCAAUGGUCCCAGCGAAGUUUUGCUGGUUCUUGCAAAGAAACUGGAAAUUGUAUAUUUUUGGCAAUGUCCCCAGCCAUAGGAAAUCCCAUCUUUGGGAAGGUGCUUGAGUGCAGCUGGCAAAAACAACAUAUGCGCAAGAUUUGGUGAGUUCUCCAGGUUCUGCACAAGAUUUUAGAG